AUGUGUUUACGAAGCUGCUGCAAACUGGGAAAUGAUCUGUCUGGAAAAGAGAGACGAACUGUUAUAUCAUUAUCGAUUAUCUUUGUGGUUGUUUUCAGUGGGUUUCAUGGCAUUCAAAACUUGCAGAGCACUAUUAACAACGAGUCAGGACGAGGAGUGAUUUCUCUUUCGGUUGUUUAUGGAUGUUUUGUGCUAUCCUCAUUUUUUGCCCCGUCAUUCAUCCGGGUUCUUACGGCCAAGGGUUGUUUAAUUACAGGCUGCAUCUCUCACUUGGUGUAUGCAGCUAGUAACCUCUACCCUGUGUUCUGGACGCUAUUGUCGGCUUCCGCUUUUGUUGGAUUAACUUCCGGUCUAUUAUGGACGUCACAAGGAAUGUACAUAUCUCAGUGUGCAAUAUCUUUCUCUCAAACCAAAAACGUUCCAAUGAAAAAGAUAUUUGGAAAAUUCCAUGGGAUAUUCUACUUCGGCUUCGCAUUUCCUAGAGUAGUUGGAAACUGUCUUUCCUCCAUUAUUUUGAUGCAAGGACAGUACAAUGAAACAACAAACAAUGUUUCUAAGUCUGAAAGGGUAAAGUCGUGUGGAGCGGAAUUAUGUCCAGAAAUGUCUGUGACACAAGGACUAUUCUUAUUGCCAGAUCCUUUGAUAGUCAAAAUCCUCAUGGCUGCAUUCACAACGUUAAGUAUCAUCGGUCUCCUCUUGUGCGUUUUCUUACUACCACCACUUCCAAUUACUGUGACGUCAUCACAGAAGAGUGUCGCUAGAAAAAUGCUCUCUGCUUCCUUUUCAUGUCUUUUGGUGAACACAGAAGUAGCGAUGCUUCUCUUUAUCCCGUCUGUUCUGUUGCAUUCAUUUGUGGAGUCCUUUCUUUGGAUCGACAUCUCCAAGGCUUAUAUCAGCUGCCCCUUUGGUGUAGAAUUUGUUGGAUUUUCCAUGGCCUUAAAUGGAGUUUUGAAUGGGAUUUCGUCCUUCCUUCUUCCAAGACUGGCCAAUCUUAUCGGCAGAAAGUACGUAAUGACGUCUCUAAUUAUUGGCAUCACUGCUUCGUACGUUGGUUUCUUGGUAUGGAUGCCUACUGAUGAUGGACUACCACAAAUCAUGGGGAUCGUUGCCGUGCAAGGACUAUUGGAAGGAGGUCUCUGCACACUUCUGGCUACGUUAUUGUCAUCCAUGUACACUGAGAAGACGGACGCCGCUUUCGCCAGUUUAGAGACUUGGAAAGCAUUAGGCAACACAGUCAACAUUGGCCUUGCCUACUAUUUGUGUGAAAGAUCAAGAUUGUACAUUAUGUUUGCCCUCUGUACACUUUCCAUAAUCUCAUAUGUCGCCCUGGAGAUGCAUCUGCAAAAGAAAACAAAAUUGACAGAGGUUGAUUAUGAAGAGGAGAAUGAGACCAUUAAUGUAGAAUUAAGGGGUGCAGAGGAUUCAAGCGACACAAAAUAGGACUUAUAAUGCUUAUCAUAGAUAAUAAAACUCGUAUACUUCAAACUUAGCUUGGGGUAUAUUUUCUGUGAAAAACUUACCAUUGUCCAUUGUUGAACUGAAUUUCUUAAAAUGCAUCACUACCUGUUGUUAUGGGCUUCCUUUUUGAUACAUUCUUGUCAUCACGGACUCUCCAAGAUGUCCAUGACAAUGCAUGUUCUUGUAUCGAACUUUAAACCAGAUUGAUCGAG